UAUGGGACUAUUUUUUUUACCGAUAAUGCGUUUGAAUUACCUGAGUUGGCUGCAAUAAGCUAUGAAGUGUGACCAAAGUCGGCUUUUGAUGAACGUUUCGCUGGUAGUUUUCCUAAUUUUUCAACUAUUCACCGAAUCGUUACUGGACUCUUCCCCGCCGGAAGAAGAGGAAACACUCAUCGAAGAUUUCUUCAUCUGCCGUUCCUGUGGCCAUGACAUCAGUUUAUCAAAUUUCCUAAUCGACAAGCACAGCCCAUUGGCUCUCAGCUUCAGCAACCAUACGCUUGCAAUCGGCAAACCGGUAACGGUUCAGGAAGUGCAAAAUUCCUUAGGAAUACGCUUUAAGAUCGUCGUAGUACGGCAGGGAUACUGCGCCAAAGUAGUGUCGUGGAAUACGGUGCAUACUUGGUUCCCGGGGUACGCGUGGAAGCUGUGCGUGUGUCCGGAGUGUCGUACUCAUCUUGGGUGGAUGUUUGAGCCCAUUGAGACUGCCACCUUCUAUCGGUACUUUCCCUCGGAAAAGGGUUUUUAUGCGUUGAUUUACAACAAUAUCAUUUCGGAAAGAUAUGUUAAUUCGCUGCUUAUGCGUGAGAAAGCACUGAGAGAAAAUUAAAUUACAAGAACCCCGACGAAGAUCUUAGAACGAUGGUGGACCCCAAGCGACAUAUUUAUAUCCUAUCGGAGGAAGAUCAAAUAUUUUUGAACGAGUGUGAAGAGGAGUUCGGCAAUCGGUUCAGCGAAUCGGAUAGUGAAUUUCAA